AUGGCUCUAAAUGAAAGAUCUCACGAGGAUUAUACUAUCGGAUGGAUAUGCGCACUGCCGCUCGAGAUGGCAGCAUCCAAAGCGACUCUUGACCAAUUACAUCCACGAUUGCCUCAAUCCCCAGACGAUCAUAAUGUGUAUACCUUGGGAGAACUAUAUGGUCACAACAUAGUGAUUGCCUGUCUACCGCCUAGUAUCUAUGGUAUCUAUUCUGCGAGUCUUGUUGCAACCCACAUGCUUCACACGUUCCCAGCGCUCCGGUUCACUCUUUUAGUAGGCAUCGGGGGCGGCGUACCGAGAGACAGAAAUGAUAUUAGGCUUGGUGAUGUAGUGGUCAGCAAGCCAACAGGUACUUUUGGUGGAGUUGUGCAGUAUGACCUUGGAAAGUCCAUCGGUAGCAAUCGCCUCCAGCGUACCGGCGCUUUGAACAAACCACCGGCCAUUCUACUAGCAGCAAGCUCGCAUUUACAGGCAGACCAUAUGAUCGGCAACUCUCAAAUUCCUUUUCAUCUGGCAAAUAUCAUGGCGCGAUUCCCCAAACGUACCAGUCCUUCUUACCCCGGCUGCGAGUACGAUAUUCUUUUUCAACCGCAGUAUCAACAUGUGGGAGAUCCAAAUGCGAUAUGCAAUAAUUGCAGCUAUGGACACAUAGUUCCUCGUCCACCGCGCCCGUCAAGCAAUCCCCAAAUCCACUAUGGCUUGAUCGCCUCAGGGAAUCAAGUAAUUAAACACGGCGUGAUGAGAGACGAUAUCGCGGGCGAUCUUGGUGGUGAUAUUCUAUGCUUUGAAAUGGAGGCGGCAGGACUUAUGAAUGACUUCAAAUGCUUAGUGAUACGAGGAAUUUGCGACUAUGCGGACUCGCAUAAGAACAAAAUCUGGCAACCCUAUGCAGCAGUGGCAGCAGCCGCCUAUGCAAAGGAGCUGUUAUCGGUCAUCCCUGUGGUACAGAUACAGACGAGCCCAAAAGCGUACACCGAGUGA